CUGUACAUAUAUCUAUACAGAAGAAUAUAUGUAUUUGCAUUAUAUAGUGCAUAUUUAUACACAUACCUUUAAACAACAUUUUAUUAAUAUAAAGAUUAGUGAAAUUCUUUUUUAAUACUUUUUUUGAAUUGAUGAAACAUCGAACAUGUAUCAAAAAUAAAAAUACUGGUUAUUCAUCCAUCGAACGUAAGCGAAAGCGCAAAUGAAUUAUACGCUUUCAAUAACCUAUUCCCGUACAUUUUCGUGUUACAAGUAAAUAGUGACCUUAAAAAUUAGAUUACUUUUUGUUGAUGCAUUUCUUGAAGUUAUAUUUUACAUUUCCGUACUGUAAUUUAAACUAGGAUAACUUUUUACUACACUUAAUGAUAUUUACAAUAAAAUUUUAAUUUGUUUUAUAUUAUAAAAAGAUGAAAUAUAACAUAUUUCGUAUUACAAAUGUACAAUUUGUGCAGAAACGUUUUUUUAAAAAACUUCAAGUAAGAGUUAGAUUUGCACCUAGUCCAACUGGUUUGUUACAUAUAGGAAGUUUACGAACUGCAUUGUAUAACUAUUUAUUUGCUCGUUCUAAUAAUGGCUCAUUUAUCUUGCGGAUCGAAGAUACAGAUCAAGCUAGAUCUGUACCUGGAGCAAUAGAAAAAAUUGAAAAUGAUUUAUUAUGGGCUGGGAUUAUACCUGAUGAGGACCCAAUAAGAGGUGGACCUGUUGGGCCUUAUAUACAAUCAAAACGACUUGAAAUAUAUAAGGAAGAAGUGCUUAAACUAAUAAAUAAUCAAUCUGCAUAUUACUGUUUCUGCACAAAAGACAGAUUGCAGUUAUUGAGAAGAGAAGCUAUCAAAUGUGGACAAGUGCCUAGAUAUGAUAAUAGAUGUCGACAUUUAAGUCAGGAUGAAGUAAAACAAAAACUCAAUAAGGGAGAUCCUUAUUGUAUUAGAUUUAAAUUAUCUUCUGGGACAGAAAGUUUUGAUGAUGUAAUAUAUGGUAAAAUAGAACAUGAUAUUGCAAGCAGGGAAGGGGAUCCAAUUAUUAUUAAAGCAGAUGGUUAUCCAACUUAUCAUUUUGCAAAUGUUGUUGAUGAUCAUCUAAUGGGAAUAUCCCAUGUGCUACGAGGAAUUGAGUGGCAAGUAUCCACUCCCAAACAUAUAAUGAUGUACAAAGCAUUUAAUUGGACCCCUCCAGUAUAUGGACAUUUACCAUUAAUACUAAACCCCGAUGGAACAAAACUAUCAAAAAGACAAAACGAUAUAGACAUUGCAUAUUUUAGAAAAGAAGGGAUUUUUCCAUUAGCAGUUCUAAAUUUCGUUAUUCAUGCAGGUGGUGGUUUUGAUAACAAAGGUGGAGCUUAUUAUAUUGAUAGUUAUGAAGAACUUAUUAAACAAUUUGAUAUUUCCAAAAUAAAAGUGGCUUCUAAUAAGCUUUUAUCUGAAAAGUUAUUAGAAUUUAAUAAGUUAGAAAUAUCGAAACUAUUAGCAAAUGAGAAAAAUAAUAAAUUUUUAGUUGAACGAAUUAAGAACCUAGUCAUGGAAGCAUUUCCGGAAAAAAAAAUUGAUGAAACUUUGCAUUUAGAUGAUCAUCAUGUAAUUAAAACAUUGAAAUGGGCACAGAAUAGAAUAUCUAAGUUGAGUGAUCUAGUAUCUCCACAUCUGGCCUUUAUAUGGAUACUUCCAACCACAUCUGUAGAUAAAAUUCAUUCAGAAUAUUCAGACGUACUUAAAAUAUUAAAGGACAAAUUGCUUGAAACUGAUGCUGAACAUUUUAACAAAACAUGGAUAAAUAGUUACUUAAAAGAAUUUGCUAAUGAGCAUGGAGUUCCAUUUCCAACAUUGAUGAAACAUCUACGUCUUAUUGUUAGUGGUUUAAAGGAGGGUCCGCCAGUUGGUGAGAUGAUAGAAAUUUUAGGAAAAGAUACUAUUUUAUUUAGAAUAAAUCGCUAUAUUUCCUGAAAUUAAACAUACCGUUAAUAAAUUUUUCCAUGAGCAAUAUAAUGAAAUUUUAUAGAUAUAACAUCGAAUAGAAAAUGUUUAAAUAGAAUAAAAAGCUUAGAUAUCUAGUCAGUUUUUUAAUGAAGUUUAUGAAACACCGA